AUGUCCUCCUCCGCAGCCGCCGGCUUCCUAGGCCGGUCGAGUAGCAACAACUCGAACAUGCGCGGCCUCGUACAGUUUAUCGCAGAUUUGAGGAACGCGAGAGCUCGUGAGCUUGAGGAAAAGCGCAUCAACAAGGAACUGGCCAAUAUUCGUCAAAAGUUCAAAGAUGGCAAUCUGAGCGGGUAUCACAAGAAGAAAUAUGUUUGCAAGGUGCGCGCCAGCAAGAAUGUCUCCACCUCGUUGAACCUCAUCUCCGCGAACAAGUACUCCGAGAAGCAGAUUGGAUAUCUGGCCAUGACGCUCUUCCUCCACGAGAAGCACGAGCUGCUUCACCUGGUCGUCAACAGUAUACGGAAGGACCUUCUCGAUCACAACGAAUUGUUCAACUGUCUAGCCCUGCACGCGAUUGCCAAUGUUGGCGGGAGGGAGAUGGGAGAGGCUUUGAGCGGCGAGGUCCACAGGCUGUUGAUCUCACCGACAUCUAAAGCCUUUGUCAAGAAAAAGGCGGCACUUACUCUCCUCCGAUUGUACAGGAAAUACCCUGACAUCAUUCAACCGCAGUGGGCUGAGCGAAUUAUCUCUCUGAUGGACGAUUUAGAUCUAGGUGUUGCGCUGUCCGUCACCUCUCUCGUCAUGGCGCUGGCACAAGAUAAUCUAGACCAAUACAGAGGAGCCUACGCGAAGGCCGCCGCCCGUUUGAAGAGGAUACUGAUUGACGGAGAUUACGCCGCCGAUUACCUCUACUACAAGGUGCCCUGUCCUUGGAUCCAGGUCAAGCUUCUGAGGCUUCUUCAAUAUUUCCCACCUUCAGGUUCGCAAUCCACCUCGUCAGCCCGGCUGAAUCAGAAAUUGACAGUCCCUGCAGAUGACAGCCACGUGCGAGAAAUGAUCAGAUUGUCUCUGCAAAAGAUAUUGGACCUAGCUUUAGAGACCAACAAAAAUGUCCAGCAGAACAAUGCACAGAACGCGGUUCUGUUUGAAGCCAUUGACCUGAUCAUCCACCUGGAGACGGAGCAAGCCCUAAUGCGGCAAAUAUCUCAGAGGCUCGGUAAAUUCAUUCAGUCUAGGGAGACGAAUGUUCGGUACCUCGGCCUGGAGGCCAUGACACAUCUUGCGGCACGAGCAGACACAUUAGACCCCAUCAAGCAACAUCAGGACAUCAUCAUCGGCUCGCUGAAAGAUCGCGAUAUUAGUGUCCGGCGAAAGGGGCUCGACCUACUUUACAGCAUGUGUGAUGCUUCCAACGCACAACCAAUCGUUGCAGAGCUGCUACAUUAUCUGCAGAACGCCGACUUUGCCAUCAGGGAAGAAAUGGUACUCAAAAUAGCCAUUCUUACCGAAAAGUACGCAACCGAUGUGCAGUGGUAUGUCGAUAUUUCCCUGAGACUGAUCGCCAUGGCUGGAGAUCAUGUCAGCGACGAAGUGUGGCAGCGUGUCAUACAAAUUGUGACAAACAACGAGGAAUUGCAAGUAUAUGCGGCAAAGAACGCCCUGCAAUACAUCAAGCAAGAUCAUUGCCACGAGACCCUUGUCAAGAUAGGGGCAUACAUCCUCGGAGAGUUUGGACAUCUUAUUGCUGAAGACAAGGGCUGCAGCCCAAUUGAGCAAUUUUUAGGACUGCAUGGCAAGUUACCCGCCUGUUCUUCUAGCACACGCGCCAUGAUCUUGUCCUGUUUCGUCAAAUUCGUCAAUCUCUUCCCCGAGAUCAAGCCUCAGCUUCUGCACGUCUUCGAUAUCUACAGUCAUACGCUUGACUCGGAGCUCCAGCAGCGAGCAUGUGAGUAUCUCAGUCUGGCCACCCUUCCAACAGACGAUCUUCUUCGGACGGUCUGCGAUGAGAUGCCUCCAUUCCCAGAGAGGCAGUCAGCUCUGCUGUCUCGCCUGCACCAGAAGCACGCAAAUACUAGUGACAAGCGCACCUGGGUUGUCGGCGGGAAAAGUGCGAAUACAGACGCCCAGGAGCUUAAUAUGGCUAAGAACUCAGGGCUCAAGAGGACUUUCAGCACGCAGUCCCAAGCUAACGGCAACGGACAUGCCAACGGGACGAAUGGUACCAACGGUCACAAGGCCGCUAGCGACCUUGCUGGGCUCAACAUGGCGAAUCUUGGAUCCGCGGAACCCAAGACAAAGCCACCAAACCUGGCCAGUGCGGCUCACUUGUCGCCCGGUUGGGAGAAGGGCUUCAACCGAUUACUGCUCAAAGCUGACGGUAUCUUAUUCGAAGACGGCCAGAUUCAAAUCGGCGUUCGAUCAGAGUAUCGGGGUCAAAUGGCUUGUCUCAUAAUGUAUUUUAUGAACAAGACACCUACCAUCAUGAGCUCAUUCACCACGACUUUAGACCUUGACGAUAGCGACAAGGGCAACUUGACGUGGGAUGUCAAGGGCCUUCCCGAUACUACCAUUACCCAAGGCAACCAGUGUCAGCAGGUGAUCAUGUUUGAGGCAAAGAGGAUGUUUACGAAGAGUCCCACAAUGCGGAUUAGUUAUCUCGCCGGAGCUCUGCAGGCUCUCACACUGAAACUGCCCGUCACGCCACACAAAUUCAUGGAUCCUGCAGAGCUUUCAGGGGAAGACUUCUUCAAGAGGUGGAAGCAAAUUGGUGGGGCUCCAAGGGAGGCACAGAAGAUUGUCGGAUUAGCUCCUGGCAGCCGCGAUAGAGAGAUGACUGAAAGCUCCGUACGUUCGGUUGUGUCUGGCUUCAGAUGGGGCAUUCUCGACGGUGUCGACCCUAAUAGGAAGAAUUUUGUUGGCGCGAGUGUGAUGCAUACCUCGGAAGGCGGCAAAUUUGGGUGUCUGAUGAGGUUGGAGCCCAAUUAUAGCACGCAGAUGGUCCGUCUCACAAUCCGGGCUACGGAUGACAGUGUGCCCAGUGUGCUGCUGAAAAUGAUGGAGGAAAGGAUUGGAGCCGGAGUCUCGACUCUGCCGGAGACCUUUGUUGGCCCAACUCCACGAGAGAUAUCAGAUUCGUUCUCAAAUAUCAUGGUGCGGGAAUGA